GUGCGGGGUUACGCCACCUCCGGUCUCGCGGCUUUGCCUCUCUUCUCCCAUCCCCUUCCACCUCGAGCCAAGAUGCCGCAGUACCAAAACUGGGAGGAGUUCAGCCGCGCGGCCGAGAAACUCUACCUCGCCGACCCUAUGAAGGCACGUGUGGUUCUCAAAUAUAGGCAUUCUGAUGGAAGUCUGUGUAUUAAAGUAACAGAUGAUUUAGUUCGUUUGGUGUAUAGAACAGACCAAGCUCAAGAUGUAAAGAAGAUUGAGAAAUUCCACAGUCAACUAAUGCGACUUAUGGUAGCCAAGGAAUCCCGCAGUAUUGCCAUGGAAACUGACUGAAUGGUUUGAAAUGAAGACUGUCAUGUUCUUAGGAAGUAAACAGAUAAUCUUUUGAAUUUGAGGAAGUGUUGGGACAGAAAAUACUUUAUGUAACUAAGUGGGAUAUUCAAAGGCCGAGAGAUCGUUUUUUAAUGUUUACUUUAGAGAGCUAGGAAUGUAAAUACUUUCAGUUAGAAAGCCUCUAUUUAUUUUUGGAAAUUAAACAUGAAAUACAUCUAUCUUAGAAACUUUGUGCAGAUAAUUUGAUGUUAGGCAAAAUAUAUAAUUAUUUCUUUGGUAAAUUUGUAUCAGUAAUUUGAAAAA